AUGUGGAUCCUGCAGUGUGCCAGUGUGGCUGUCUUUGGUAACCUGAAUUCUGUGAUACAGGCCCUUGAUGAGCCCCCUUAUCUAACCGUGGGAACUGAUGUGAGUGCUAAAUACAGAGGAGCCUUCUGUGAAGCCAAGAUCAAGACCGCAAAAAGACUUGUCAAAGUCAAGGUAACAUUUAGGCACGAUUCUUCAACAGUGGAGGUUCAAGAUGACCACAUAAAGGGCCCACUAAAGGUAGGUGCUGUUGUGGAGGUGAAGAGCCUUGAUGGGGCGUACCAGGAAGCUGUCAUCAAUAAAUUAACAGAUGCAAGCUGGUACACUGUAGUUUUUGAUGAUGGAGAUGAGAAGACACUGAGAAGAUCUUCCCUGUGCCUGAAAGGGGAGAGGCAUUUUGCAGAAAGUGAGACCUUAGACCAACUCCCGCUCACCAACCCUGAGCAUUUUGGUACUCCAGUCAUAGGAAAGAAAACAAAUAGAGGAAGAAGAUCUAAUCAUAUACCUGAAGAAGAAUCUUCAUCAUCCUCCAGCGAUGAAGAUGAGGAUGAUAGGAAACAGAUUGAUGAGCUACUAGGAAAAGUUGUUUGUGUAGAUUAUGUUAGUUUGGAUAAAAAGAAAACACUGUGGUUUCCUGCAUUGGUGGUUUGUCCUGAUUGUAGUGACGAGAUUGCUGUGAAAAAAGACAAUAUUCUUGUUCGGUCUUUCAAAGAUGGCAAAUUUACUUCAGUAGCAAGAAAAGAUGUACAUGAAAUUACUAGUGAAAGUGCCCCAAAGCCUGAUGCUGUAUUAAAACAAGCCUUUGAUCAGGCACUUGAAUUUCAUAAAAAUAGAACAAUCCCCACUAACUGGAAGACUGAGCUGAAAGAAGACAGCUCCAGCAGUGAAGCAGAGGAGGAGGAGGAGGAAGAUGAUGAUGAGAAAGAGAAAGGGGACAACAGCAGCGAGGAGGAGGAAGAGGUGGAACCAUUUCCAGAAGAAAGGGAGAACUUUCUUCAACAGUUGUACAAAUUUAUGGAAGAUAGAGGCACACCAAUUAACAAAAGACCUGUUCUUGGAUAUAGAAAUUUGAAUCUCUUUAAGUUAUUCAGACUUGUACACAAACUUGGAGGAUUUGAUAAUAUUGAAAGUGGAGCUGUCUGGAAACAAGUAUACCAAGAUCUUGGAAUCCCUGUCUUAAAUUCAGCUGCAGGCUACAAUGUCAAGUGUGCUUACAAAAAAUACCUGUAUGGUUUCGAAGAGUACUGUAGGUCCGCCAGCAUUGAGUUUCAGAUGGCAUUGCCAGAGAAGGUGGUUAACAAGCCAUGCAAGGAGUGUGAGAAUGUCAAAGAACUGAAAGUUAAAGACGAGAAAGAGUCCGAGAUGAGUGAGCUAAAGGUGGAAGAAGAGCAGGAUAGAAUAAUAAAAGAAGAAAAAUCUGUGGAGGAUGAUAUUGAGAGAAAAGAAAAUACCAAACCAUUACUGGGAAGUAAAAAGACCUUAUUAGACUCUGUGUCUACACAGUCCGAUCAGGAGAAAGAAGUGAACAUGAAGCCAUCGGCUGAGGAUGAGGACGUGCAAGAUAAAGAUGAAGAAAUGGCUGGGCUUGAGGGACCCCUCAGCCUAGAGGUAGACGCUGAGGAAGAAAAGGCCAAAUCGGGAGAUGAAACGAAUAAAGAGGAAGAUGAAGAUGAUGAAGAUGCAGAAGAGGAGGAGGAGGAGGAAGAGGAGGAAGAUGAUGAUGACAACAAUGAGGAAGAGGAGUUUGAGUGCUAUCCACCAGGCAUGAAAGUCCAAGUGCGGUAUGGACGAGGGAAAAAUCAAAAAAUGUAUGAAGCUAGUAUUAAAGAUUCUGAUGUCGAAGGUGGCGAGGUCCUUUACUUGGUGCAUUACUGCGGAUGGAAUGUGAGGUAUGAUGAAUGGAUUAAAGCAGAUAAAAUAGUAAGACCUGCUGAUAAAAAUGUACCCAAAAUAAAGCAUCGGAAGAAAAUAAAGAAUAAAUUAGACAAAGAAAAAGACAAAGAUGAAAAAUAUUCUCCCAAAAACUGCAAACUUCGACGCUUGUCAAAACCACCGUUUCAGACAAAUUCAUCACCUGAAAUGAUCUCUAAACUGGAUCUUACUGAUGCCAAGAUCUCUGACAGUGCUCACAUUAAGUCCAUAGAGAUUACAUCUAUCCUUAAUGGACUUCAAGCUUCUGAGAGUUCUGCUGAAGAUAGUGAGCAGGAGGAUGAGACAAGCACGCAGGAUGUCGAUGACACUGCCCAUGGAGACCCUAAAACUGACCAUGUGGACCACAACAGGAAUGACCUCCUUUCCAAAGAGGAACAGAACAAUGGGUCUUCUUUGCUAGAAGAAAACAAAGCCCAUGCCGAUUUGGUCAUACCCAAACCGUUGUCAGAAUCUCCAGAAAGGCUAACGAAAGAUCCCGAAGGGUUGUCUGAAGACACUGAUUAUGAAGAAGAAGAUGGAGUUACUAAGAAGAGAAAGGAUGUCAGGAAGGACAUGGUCGAUAAGUCUGCAAAGCCACCAGUAAAGCGCGGGAAGAGGAAGUGCUGCGGCCCAGAUGAAUGUGUGAAAACGGGGUCACCCAGCAAGAAGGACGACAAGGGCAAGAACAGGGAUCCCCUGGGCAUCGAAAACAGCAGCAACAGCUCCUCAGAUGAAGAGGAAGAGGAGAAAUCCAAAGCAAAGAUGACCCCAACUAAGAAAUACAAUGGCUUGGAGGAGAAAAGAAAGUCUCUACGGACAACUGGUUUCUAUUCAGGAUUUUCAGAGGUGGCUGAAAAAAGGAUUAAACUGUUAAAUAACUCUGAUGAGAGAGUUCAAAACAGCAGAGCUAAAGAUCGGAAAGAUGUCUGGUCAAGUAUUCAGGGUCAGUGGCCCAAGAAGACGCUGAAGGAACUUUUCUCAGACUCUGACACCGAGGCCGCAGCAUCUCCACCCCACCCGACCGCAGAGGAGGUGACAGGUGCCCCGGAGUCACUGCAGACAGUGGAGGAGGAGGAGCAGAGUCCACCCAGUGUGGAACCCGACAAGCCCCUAGCUGCCAGUGUCGAGGGCAAACCUGCUGAGGACAGAGCCAUGGACAGUGGGGACAGAAAGGCUGAGUUCCCCAGCAGUGGCAGUAACUCUGUGCUCAAUACCCCCCCAACCACGCCAGAAUCGCCUUCAUCUGUCACGGUGACAGAGGCCAGCCAGCAGCCAUCCGCCGUCACCAUUGCAGAAAGCCUGGCUCCCAACCAGGAGGAGGUUCGAAGUAUCAAGAGCGAAACCGACAGCACGAUUGAGGUGGACAGUGUGGCAGGCGAGCUCCCCGAUCUGCCCUCUGAGGGGAACAGCUCACCCACGGGUGGGGAUGUCAGCGCCAGCUCCAGCAGCAGCCACCAGCCUGAGGCCGAGCUCCCCGAGAAAGUCUGUACAGGUCAGAAAAGAGGGAAAGACACUCAGGGUGGAGGAAGUUCAUCGAAAAAGCAGAAAAGAAGCCAUAAAGCGAGUGUGGUGAACAACAAGAAGAAGGGCAAAGGCACGAACAGUAGUGAUAGCGAAGAGCUUUCUGCUGGUGAAAGUGUAACUAAAACGCAGCCUGUCAAGUCAGUGUCCGCAGGCAUAAAGCCUCACAACACCAAAUCUCCUGCCAGGAUGCAGUCUCCAGGAAAGUGUGGGAAGAAUGGAGACAGAGAUCCAGAUCUCAAAGAGCCGAGUAAUCGACUGCCCAAAGUGUACAAGUGGAGCUUUCAGAUGUCGGAUCUGGAAAAUAUGACAAGUGCUGAACGCAUCACAAUUCUUCAAGAAAAACUACAGGAAAUUAGAAAACAUUAUCUGUCAUUAAAAUCUGAGGUUGCUUCCAUCGAUCGGAGAAGAAAGCGCUUAAAGAAGAAAGAGAGAGAAAGUGCUGCUACGUCCUCAUCCUCAUCGUCACCGUCGUCCAGUUCCAUCACAGCUGCUGUUAUGCUAACAUUAGCUGAGCCUUCAAUGUCCAGUGCAUCACAGAAUGGAAUGUCCGUUGAGUGCAGGUGACAGCAGGACUUGCCAAUGCACUUUGCACUUAAUGGCUAUUGAGGGCCACGUCUUUUUUUAUACUGCACAGUGGCACAAAAUUAAUCAGACAAGCACUAUUUUAUAUUUAAAAUUGUUUCUUGACAAGCUGACUUGGCACUUAAGUGCACUUUUUUAUGAAGAAAAAGUACAAUGAACUGCUUUUCCUCAAGCAAUAAUUGUUUCCAACUUGUCUGGGACUUGUGUGUCUGGUGACUGGAAGGUCUUCCACGGUGGGAGCCGGGAGCUGUCCCUACCCGUGGGGACAGUGCAGGAAGCAAUGUCAUUAUGGGGUGACCAGAACACGGGAGGUAACUUAUUGUAUAUAUAUUCUCUUGUAUUUUGUUAAAGCUGGAACAUUUGAUAUUUUUCCAUUUAUUUAUGAAAAAAAUAUGAACCUAUUUUCAUUUGUACAAGCUAAUUGUUUUUUAAAGUGAGUCACCACCGGUGGCUUUAAUUGUAUAAGUCAAGCACAUGUGAUAAAUUCAGAACCUGCAGUUAACAGGACCUCAGACAUCAGUCCUGGUAACCAGAUAUUUUAGAUUCUCUUUAAAAAAGACUGGACAUGUUUACAGGUUUGAAUUAGGCUAAACGGUUGUAGUGGCUUUUCAUGCCCCUUCAAAUUGGAAUGGAACUACUGUACUUUGCCAUUUUUCUAUGAAUCAGUAUUUUUUUUUUUUAAUUUUGAUAAAAUACAUGUGUGAAAAAGAAAAUGGCUAGUAAACUGUAUUAAAUCUUAAACAGUGUAUAAAGAUUGUACUUAGCCAGUUCAAAGUGUAUAUUUAUUCAUAAUGAGAAUUAUAACAGUUAUAUUUUUGUGUUUUCUUGUAAAUGUUUCUUUUCCCUUAAAUGCAGAUAACUCAUUUGUAUUGAUUAUUUUGUUAUGAGCUACAAGGAGAGACUUCAGGAACAAGUAAACUGUCUUAGUGCGGUGCAAGCUGUCGCUACGAGCUGUCUCAGAAGGAUAGUGGUUAUUUUAAAUACAGAUAGCUCAUCUGGGUGGUUGGCCUGAAAACAUAAAUGCUUUGUAUAAAACCCCAAAUGAACGUAAAAUGUUUUCACUUGUAUUGACUUUAUGUUGUAUGAUUCCAACCUCUGUUCUGUUGGCACUUGUAUUUAAUUCUACACCUUUGUAAGACAUUUGUAUAUUGCGGAUGUGUUCAUUCCAGCUGUUUAAUACCUGGCACUGUUAAUACACAGACUUUACUGUACAGACUGUUGGCCGUUUGAAUUGUAGCUCUGUGUACUUUUUUUGGAUGGGGCUGGCAUGUUUUCUUUGUUUUUGGCAAUCCGAUGUGAGAAUUUCAAAGCGUUUUGUUGUAGAUGCUAACGUGUCAGAAGCCUUUACACUCACCUUUUCUAAGAAAAGCGUUUUCAGUCUUGUAGUGUGUGCUUACAGUGACUGAUUUUGUUGAAAUGGUUUCAAGUUACUCAGAUUUGUACAGGACUGUAAAGAUCUGUUGACAACAAAACGCUGAAGCAGCUUAUAGAGUAAAAGCUAUAAAGUCUAUAUUAGAACCUGCAACCAGUGGAGAAUUAUGUAAUAUAUUGUACAAAUGUAAGCAAAGGCGCUGAAAUAAAAGGCCAUAGUUUGUG